AUGGAGGACCAACCGCUCCAAGACGACAAAGCCGCUCGUGCUCAAGCGAGGGCGGAGAGGGCUGCAGCGAAGGCUCAGGCGAAGGCGGAUCGUGCUGAUGAGAGAGCAAAGUACUUUGAAGAGAAGAAGAACGUCAGGUCUCUGGCCGAGAUCGUGGAGAACAGGCUGCUGAGGGAUCUCGGCUCGUCGUUGGAGACUCAUGCUCGCUCGGCUACGUUUGCCUGCGGUGGGAGUUUGUCGUUCAAGAAGCUCAAGGAUGGCCAGGACGAGGAGGCCCAUGAGGCUCAUACCGUCACUGCUACGCCCGGCGAGAAUGAGGCCACUGCUGCCAAAACCGCUGAAUCGUCAACCAAGAGCGAUGCACAGCAGCCGGCGAAGAAGAACAGCAACACCCCACGAGCCAACCUGACCAAAGACAUUCAGAUCUGUUUCGGCGAAAGUAGCAAAUGCAUCACCGUAACCUUCUCCCGCCACGGCGUGUCAGCGGAAGACUUGCAGCAGCUGGUGCUCGCCUGUCAGCCAGCGCCUUUCGGCCGCGGUGGCGAAGAAGUCCUGGACGAAGGGUAUCGCAAAGCGGGCAAGCUCGACGCGGACGCCUUCACGACGAGCUUCUGCCCGUAUCAAGCUGGUAUUGUGGAUGUGAUUGCGCAGUUGUUGGUCCCUCAGACUGCUCAGGGGAAGCACACUCGCAGCAUCAAGGCGGAGUUGUACAAGCUCAACGUCUACAGCGCUCCGGCGGGAAAGUUCAAGGCGCAUGUGGAUACACCACGCAGCAAGAACCAGAUCGGCAGUCUUGUCGUCUCCUUGCCUGCUCUUCACAAAGGUGGAGAGCUUGCUGUGCGCAAUGCUGGUAAAGAGAUGAUCUUCGACUGGUCAUCAUCGGCUAAGAGCCAGACCGCAGCCAAAGCAAAAGUCAAGUGGGCAGCCUUCUACAGCGAUUGCGAGCAUGAGGUGUACGAAGUCACCUCCGGACAUCGCAUCACCCUGACCUACAACGUCUACGUGACCCGAGGUAUAGGACACCUGGCAGGAGCGGCAGCUGCGCUCGACUCUCAACAGCUUCCUUUGUAUCAGAGCUUGAAGGAUGCAGUGGACAACCCAGGAUUCCUGAGGCGAGGCCGCGUGCUCGCCGUCUGGCUGACGCAUAGCUACGCUCAUACCAACAAGCACCAGAACUUCCUGCCGAGCUCUCUCAAGGGCGCCGAUAUGUCGGUCUACAACACAGCUCGCGCUCUCGGUCUGAAAUGCGAAGUGGUCGCAACCAUGAGUCACGAUUUCGACUACGACGAAGACGGGCCGUCGCAAUUUGUUGAUCGCACCUUCCCCGGCUUCAAACAGGACGGCAGCGGUUCUGCGGUGAUUGGUGGCAAGAAGUUCGGUUACAAAGACAUCAAUGGACUGGUGACCUGGCUGAACCCUGAGAGGGAUGGCAAGAGGAAGAAGGUGAAGGAGGGCGAGGAGGCCAAGCCCAAGCAGCAGCUGUUCAGAGAGGUGCAGACGGCGUACAUGACGUAUGGCAACUCCCCAAGCAUGGCGAUCAAGUACAGUCGCGCCAUCAUGCUCAUCCGUAUCCCGCCUUACCUCAAGCGCGGACAAGAGGCACCAGAGUCGAUCUGGGAAGGACUCAAGCGCGACCUUACCGAGGAAGACUAUGAGUAUGGCGACUUUGAGGACUACUACGGCGACGAAGACGACUCCUAUUAUGCUGAGUCGUACGGAGCCUACUGCUCAAGCGAAGACGACCAUGAUGAAGAAGACUACUCUUCCGACGAAGAGGAGGAGGAUGAAGAGCUAGGAGAGGAUGCGAAGGCUGGCAACGGUGAAGCAGUCGGCGAAGGAUCAGCUCUGCCGCAAGGCGAUGGUGAGACUGGCGGUCACUAG